AUGAAAGACGACAGUUCCUCGGAGGCCUUUGAGGGCCCAGACCCGAUCCUUGAGAAGCUCCGACCUUCCAAGAUCGAGAAUGGUGUCCUCAUCCCGCUGAAGACGACGCUCGAGUUGAGAGAUGAUCACCACUGUAGCCGUGUCCUCAUCACCCGCGCUCCGGUAAAGAUGGUCGCUGCGGUUCUUAAUGAGAUCCGCAUACUGGUACCUGAGGAAGUUGUUAAGGGCAUGCCUCAUCUACGCCGGUGCUGCAAAUGCAGCGACCUACCCGCCCACCUGAAGACGCAGUUUAUGAACGACACACCACACAGCCGACAGAUCCAUACCGGAAAGUCCAGCUGGGUAUACAUCAUGAUUGGCCUUGAAGCAGCAGUGCCGAGAAGGGAGUUGAUAGGAGCACUCUCAAAGGUGGAAGGAAUGGAGGAGUGUGGUGUCUUCACCGCGACUAUUCCGGUGCCUCUGUUCCCGCCGACCUCUCAGGUCCAAGCUGCGCUCUGGUCCGGCCACUUUUGGCCCACUGUGUACCGCAAGAAUAACCCUCUUGGACCGCACCCUAGCAUGGUGACUCGAGCCACCGAGGAAAUCACCGACGAUGCGCCCUUCUGGAUGGCUCUGGCCCACCAGGUUGCGGCCAAGACCAAUGCUGCUGGCUACGGAGAGGCCAUGGGCGCAUGCAUCAUUCAGCGGAGCUCUAAUGGCAGCACCCGACUCGUUGCGCUUGCUGGUGACGCUCGCUGGCACAAACAGUCCAAGGCUGGCUGCACGGGCAAUCCCAUGGCCCAUUGUGUCCUCCGGGCUAUCAGCAUGGUGGCACAGAAGCUGGUACGGGCCGAGAACCGAGAUGGCGAGGAGACUGUGCCGCCGAUCCUUGAAUUCGAGGCAUUCCAGGAUGCCCCGCUCGUGGACGAUGAACAACUGGUGUUUGGCCAGGAGCACCCCUCCCCAGAUGGCUAUCUGUGUCAUGGCCUGGAGCUCUACAUGACGCACGAGCCCUGUGUAAUGUGUUCUAUGGCCAUCCUCCAUUCGCGCAUGGGCAGGGCCACCUUUUCCAAGCGCAUGCCGCUCACGGGUGGCUUGUCGGCCGAGGACCGCGCCCUGGGAUAUCCCCACCACCCUCACCUGUCGGACAUAGGCGGAGGACACGGCCUAGGCCUGUUCUGGCGCCGAGAGCUCAACUGGAGUCUGUUGGCCUGGGAGUGGGAGCCGACAGAUGCAUGCAACCCCCUGCUGGUUGGCCCUGAAGUCCACGUCUGA